UUGAGUUGUGAACGUACACAGGAUGCUCACCAUUGUAAACAAACUUCAUAGGGCGUCUCACCCCAGGCACACCACCUGACUUACAGAUACUGGACCGAUUAACUCAUCUAAUUCUUUAUGAACUGACAAACAUUGGCCGGUGUUGGCUAGGAGAGGAUGGGUUGUUGUGGUGACAGUGGGGGUCCCGCUAGGGAGGAGGAGCGACGACCCACAGAUGUCCUCUGGCUCUUCAUUUUCUUUCUCUUCCUUGUACUUAUGAUUUUUAUAGCUGCCUUUGCAUUGGUGUUUGGUAAUCCCCUUCGACUAGUGAAUGGCUAUGACAAUUACGGCAAUGUGUGUGGGAGUGACAACGCAGACAUGAAAGAUCAUAAAGAUAAAUUGACAAACUUCUCUGGCCAUGACGUAUCAGAUUACAAGUAUGUUCAAUUUUUUGAUGUGACGAGGCCAAGUGUCUCUCUGAAGGUGUGUGUCAAGCAGUGUCCUGACAGAACAUUACACGUCCUCCAGGACAUAAAUGACUUUUACAAACGUACUGGUUCAAAACUCUGCAGAUAUGACUAUGACAAAUAUAAUGAAGAUGUCACUUGGGUGGAAUCCUUCAAUGCUCUCAACGACCCACCCCUGAAUGUUAGCUUACUGCUCCUCAUGUGCCCUGCCCUGCCAAUCUUCCAAAGUAAGCCUGUGCUCAACCGGUGUGUCCCACUGAAGGGUGAAGGCCCCUCAGGACUGGUGUAUAAUCUCUAUGGCUACCUCAACACCAUGGACAUCUUGGAGCAAGUAUUAGCAGACUUGUAUGCAUCCUGGCACCUGAUCCUCAUCUUCAUCUUCAUCACUUUGGGUUUGUCAUGUGCGGUGAUGCUGUGUUUACAUUUCAUAGCUGGGAUAGUAUCAUAUGCUGUUAUGAUAGCUGUUUCAGUUGCCUCAGUUGUGGCAACAGUCCUUUUGUGGUGGAGCUAUGCCAGCAUCCAUUUGCAGCUUGACAGUUCUCCAAGUGACUCGCUCUUGGAUGAAACAGUCCGCAAUGAACGAGCAUUGUUGGUGUAUGCCAUCUUAUCUACUAUCAUAACUUUAGCACUGAUUGCUUUAGUGGUUUAUGUGUGGCCUCACAUUGCUAUGGUUGCCGAGUUAUUCAAGCACGCUGGUGGAUGUCUCACUCACCAUCCAACACUCCUGCUGCAGCCUGUCAUCACCUUCUUUAUUCUGCUGGCAUUCUUUUUCUUGUGGGUGUGGGUGAUGGUAUCCCUGGCCACUGCAAAGCAUCUGAGUAUUGCUAGUCUACAAUCUACUCAGUUUGAGGCCAUCAGUAAUCGUUCUGCUGAGAAACUGACUGAAGUUUCCUCAAACCUGAGCUCUACACAACUUAAGAGUACUCCACAACAGGUGUUGGAGUACAUGGAUCCCACAUGGGUACGCUCCCUUUGGUGGGUGUGGGUAAUAGGACUAGUUUGGGUAGCAGAAUUUAUUCUAGGAUGCCAGCAGAUGAUUAUUGCAGCAGCUGUGUCAACUUGGUAUUUCUCAAGGCAGGAGGGGCGAGGAAAAAUAAGGCAUCCAGUGUGGUGGUCAUGGCGAACACUAGUGUUCUAUCAUCUAGGGACUGUAGCAAAGGGGUCUUUGCUUAUCACGAUCUGCAAGCUACCCAGGUUGAUCAUACAAUGGCUAACUAAGAAGUGUAAAGACCCUGAGCAUAACUGUGCUCAGUGUUGUCUGAGGCUGUGUUGUUGCUGCUUGUGGUGCUUUGAACACUUCCUCAAGUAUAUGAACCACAAUGCAUACACUGUCACUGCCACUAGAGGCACAGCAUUCUGUACUUCUGCCAAGAUUGCCUGGCGUGUGGUGCUAACGAACAUGUUGCAGGUGGCCACAGUGAACAGUGUUGGGGACUUGAUGCUGUUCCUAGCCAAAGUGGCUGUUACAGGGACUGUGUGCUGCAUAGCCCUCCCGGUGUUUCAUGCUGACCCUACACUUCACCUGUAUGCUGUACCUCUUAUUGUCACUGCUGUGUUUGCAUUCUUUAUCACACAUUGUGUUUUUUCUGUCUAUGAGAUGGCAGUUGACACAUUAUUCCUUUGUUUCUCUGAUGACUACAACACCUACGACACCACUGAUGGUCGGGACUUGGUGGCAGACAAAGAAUUAUAUGAGUUUAUGGUCAAGCAUGAGGACAUUGACAGAAAAAAGUCUCAAAAAUCUCGACGAAGAGAUCCUCCUGAAACCAUCAGGUUUAAGGAAGGAAGUGUUUGAGUACUGAUUGUGUACAUGACAAUGUUGGUACCAUCAGGUAUGACUAAAACUUUUAAUUUACUUUUUGAAUUUAAAGUACAGUACAGUGUAUCACAUUUCCAGGUGGAGCAUUUGGAGCAAAAUGAAUAGGCUUUUGUUUAUGGUCAGAAGUGUGCAUAUAACAGGGCAUUGUGUCAUGCAAUACCAAAGUAUUAUAAUGUAAUCAAUAUUGUUUUUGAGUUUCAUCGAGUCAUAUUCCUGACUUUUCAGGAUUUCAGAGAACUAUAAAACCAUUCGUAUAAUUUUUACUCGGUCAAAAUAUAAAGAAUUAUAUUAUUUGUUUUAUGGGCACAUUGAAAUAGGAUUAAUAUCUUCCAGUAAGUUACUGAAAUAACCCUGACCACUUGUUUUAUGGAAAAUAAGUUUUUGAUUUGUCACACACACAUUCUUAUUGUACCUGGAAGUUGUAAUAUAUCUGUGUUGACAUUUUUUUGUAACAUUUCCCUCAAUUCUGGGAUAUUAACUACAAUAUUUCAUAAUUAUUGAAUGGCUUCCUGUGAUUCCUACAGCCCAAAGUACAGGGUAUGUGAUAUAUAUAUAU